UAUCAACUGAGCAACAGCCAUUUUAUCUGGUUAUUUUUUUUUCCUUCCAACGAAGAAUGAGUUAGAAGCAUGGAAAUUUAUCAAAUGAUAUUUUUGAUGUGGAAACUUACGAGCUUCUUGCUUGGUAUAUUGGACUAUGUUUCUUUAUCAACCAUGCCUUGUGGCUUCAACCCUUUGUGUUCCUGUGUUGCUAUGCAACAAGAAAUCAGUUGUGUGAGUGUACCAUUCCUAGUUCUUCCAAAGCUUCCGUUUAAAGAAGUUUAUCAACUGACGUUUGCAAGAAAUGGACUUCCAGUAUUAAGCAAUAAAUCGCUAGAUGGCACUGCUGUGUCUUCUCUUAGAUUAAUGUACAACGAUUUAGUGACUCUACCACUUCACGCUUUCCACAGAUCGGAACAAUUGAUGACCUCGUUGGACAUCAGUUACAAUCAGAUGAACGAAUUUCCAGCUAAGGCUUUAAGAAAACUACCUUAUCUUCAGUGGUUAAACUUACAUUUUAAUAAAGUGGAGGAGCUCAGACGAAGUGCGUUCGAAAACCUCUGGUCGCGUUCUUCUCUUCGUAGCUUAUUAUUAAGCAACAAUCAUGUUUCAUUUAUAGAAGAUGGUGUUUUCAGAAGUCUUUGGAACCUUUCAUCUCUGGACCUCUCCAAUAAUCACAUUAGCAAGUUGGAGGGUCAACCUUUUCCAGAUUCUUUGACUACGCUGUCCUUAUCAGAGAAUCUUCUGGACUGGAUCCCUCCUGAUGCUCUUUCUAACCUGAAAUACCUGAAUAGAAUUAAUCUAGGUGGUAAUUUGUUUUCGACUCUCCCAAAAAAGUGGAAGUUAUCAGUGCGUCAUCUCGAUAAAUUAGAUUUCAGUCACAACCUGCUAGCAGAUUUAGAUAGCAAUAUUUUUAACGGAUCUUUUUCGGUAAGUGAGCUAAGCCUAAGCUAUAAUUAUCUUAGGACAUUACCAAUGCAGGUUUUUAGAGGUCUUUCUAUACAGCGGCUAUCUUUAACUAACAACCGCUUGUCUUCCAUACCAGUCGGGACCUUUGAAGGCUUAGAAUCUACCCUGACUGCUUUGGAUUUAAGCUUCAAUAUGCUGAAUAAAUAUCCCAAGGCAUUAAAAGAACUCAAUCAGCUUCAACAACUUCACUUGCGCGGGAACCAGCUUGAAGACCUAGAUAGGUUCGAUUUAUAUACGUGUCGGGAACAUUUGGAAACUCUGGAUCUCUCAAGGAACGUUUUCAAGAAGGUCCCGAAGGAAGCUUUGAAAACUUGCAAAACAAUUUUGCGCUUAAGUUUACAAGAUAAUCAGAUUAAGCGAGUUUAUGCAAAUGAUUUUUAUGGCUGGGGAGACUCUCUCUUGUUCCUGAGCUUGGCUAAUAACGACAUAAGUUACAUCGCAGAAGGUGUGUUUCUCCACACGCCAAAGUUAAGAGAAGUGAAACUAUCAUAUAAUAAUCUCGUCAACGGUGACCCCAGACUUUUACUUCCUCUCAGGCAUUCGUUGAAAGCCGUAGAGCUAGGGUCACUUUUCGGACUCCACCGCGACCCUCCUGAUCUGAUGGUGAAAUUCUUGAAUAACAUUGAAUGGCUUCAAAUGGAUCACAACAACAUUUCCGACAUAACACCCACGUCUCUGUUAGGCUUAACAAAGCUGGUUCACUGCGAUUUGGAAGGUAAUAACAUACGGCUACUUCCACACGGGUUAUUCCCAAAGAAUGUACAUACUAACCUAACUAAUGUUAUCCUAUCACACAAUCAACUGAUUUCAACCAAUACAAAAACAUUUCACGAACUCCCGCGCCUCCGGAAUAUCGUCCUGCUGGGCAACCAAUUGAAGAUCGUUCGAUCCAAAUCUUUCACGAGCUGCCCUUUGCUGAGUUCGGUUGUUUUAUCACAUAACCAGCUACUUACCAUAGAACCUGCAGCUUUUCACAAUUUGACACGUCUAACAAGUGUUUUUUUACAGUUUAAUAAAUUAUCAAGAUUUUCUUUUAAUAUAUUCAGUGGUGUUAGCAACUCGCAUUUUCCAAUGUAUAUUAACGUUUCAAACAACCGUAUUGUGUCUUUAGUUUUGUCUCAUAGAGAUGAGAGUGAUCACGAUAUUCGAACCUUAGAUCUUAGUCAUAAUAACAUAUCACUGAUUCCAGAGGGGUUUUUCAAAUGUGUAGAGAGGUCGCUUUACCAUUUAUUUCUGUCCUUCAAUAACCUAACAGUCAUACCGUCGAGCGUGUUUUCUGAAACUGCUAAUCUCCAGGUUAUCCACUUGGAUCACAAUCAUAUCACAUCUGUUAAGUCUACUGACUUUCGAGGGAAGUCGCGUGUUCAGAUUAUAACCUUAGGUUACAAUAACAUUUCUACAAUCUCAUCAGAGGCUUUCACUGGCCUACAAGAACUUAGGAUUGUAGAUCUGAGUUAUAACAGAAUAGCGACACUGCCAGAAAGUGCAUUCAUGGGCACGAAAUUGGAAAGGAUCAAUCUUUCUCAUAAUAUAAUUGUCCGUCCGCCUCUAAGGAGCUUUUUUCCCGCCAGAUACACGUUGAGAAUUAUUGACUUGUCAGCCAAUCACAUCUCCGUGAUUCAAAGUGACGAGAUCAAUCCUCUGUAUAUGUUGUAUUCAUUGAACUUGUCGAGUAAUCGGCUAACAGAAAAAGCGGUAGGAUUUCUCGUGAACCUCACGCGACUCAUUAACCUUGAUGUUUCCCAUAAUCCUUUGCGGAGGAUUGAAGAUGGACCUUUUUAUCCAUUGAGGUUACUGCGCUCGCUAAACUUAAAGAACUCUAGUUUAUCUCACUUGUCCUUUAUUCCACUGCUAAGAUUAAGGACCUUGACGCUCGCAAACAAUCUUCUGAGAAAUAUUUCAGAUCACGCUUUCCGUCACUUGCGACAGUUGCGCCACCUAGAUUUGUCCUACAACCUGAUAGAGGAAGUUCCAAGUCAUGUAUGGGUUCACACACCGGACCUACACACCCUCGAUAUAUCUCAUAAUCCAAUUGAAGUACUGGGAACUGUUAGUUUCAGCGGACUAAACCGACUAGUGGAACUGGACAUGCGCGGAUUAGAUCUGAAAUACUUAGACUCUCGCACACUCUACAAACUCAGAUGUUUGCAGACGUUCAAAACGAGCACCUAUCCCGGAGUCCGCUCGUUUCGACUUCAUGAUCUACUUCACAAGUCAGCUUCACUUGUUCGCGUGGUAGUGGAAGUAAAAGAACCAACUUUGUCACAUCAGAUUCAAUGGACUUUUGGCGCCAAAUUGCGCGAUCUCACCAUCACCGGACACAACUUGCAGCACGUGCUACCCGAUGCGUUUCUCGGCUUGCAUCACACACACGAGCUAAUUUUAAGAAUCACGGGUACAGGCAUAACAAGACUACCACAUCGACUGUUGCGAUACCUAACGGACAUAAGAUAUCUAACGUUAGACUUAAGAGAAAAUAAUCUUAAGAAAAUGGAGCCAAGAGUUCUUGAACCAGGAGAUGGAGAAACAGGAGAGCCUGAUGGAACGAAACAUAUAGCAGGGGGCGUCUUAUUGGAGAACAACCCCUGGACGUGUGACUGUGACUUGAUCUGGCUCUCUCAUUGGCUGCGACGAUGGAUGCGUGAAACUCUACAAGUUCAGAUGUUACAUUUUGAUGCGGCUUUAUAUGUAUACAACCUAGCAAGACAGAGCACUUGUAAAAUCCCCGGAUCAAACACUGAAAUCCCAGUAAUCGAUUUAAGGCUUGAAGAAAUGAAAUGUACGGAAAAUCAACAUAAUACAGCCGCGGUGAUCAGUCUUCAUUUGCUGGGGCCUUUUGUGAUUUGGGGGUUAGCAGUUUUGAUUGGUAUUACCGAUAUAUAUAUAUGACGUAAUAAACUUAUAUAUUUAUGUAUAUAUAUAUAACUGCGUGUCUUGUAUGUUGUUGUUGUUACGGCUUUGAAAGUGUUGG